UAGAGAGGGGGAGAGAUAUAGGGAGAUAGAGAUUUAAAGAGAGAAAUUAACAUGAAUAGCAGUGAUCAACAGGGAUCCCUAAAUAUGAUGAAGAAGAGGUGGUUGCAGGAUCACCAGAGAAGACUCAUGUCCCAACCCUACAUCAACAUGCUCGUUUCACAAAAUAACAUCUCUUCAACUUGUCCUCCUCCUCCUCCCAUUCAUAAAUUUCUAAAAGAGGAGGACGAUUUGAUAGCCGGAGUGAUUCCAGCGGUGACAGUGGUGGUGGAAGGCCGUUCAAUCUGCCACCGGAUCAGCCUUCACAAUCACGACGGUUACAACAGCCUAGCUAAGGCUCUCCGCCACAUGCUGGUGGACGACGAGCACAGUGGCCAUGUUCAUGAAGAACAAGAAGUAGGAGUUGAUCUGUCAAAUGCAGUACCAGGUCAUAUCAUUGCUUAUGAAGACAUGGAAAAGGAUCUUCUUCUUGCGGGUGAUCUUAACUGGAAGGAUUUUAUAAGGGUGGCAAGGAGACUUCGCAUCAUUCCAGUGAAGGCGAAUUUAAGUAAAGGAAAAUGAUUCCAAUAAGAGUAAUUGCUGAAGAGGAAACGUAAGUUUAGGCAUUUGUAUUUGAAACAUAUGUAGCUAGUUAUGGUAUUUCAUUUUUAAGGUCCAAACCUUAUAUGACCCGUCGUUCACAAGAGUGUAGCUCGUUAUGGUAUUUUACUUUUUGUCCUAUUUGAGUAAUUAUCGCUU